UGGAAAUAUGUAGACACUACAUUGGCCAAAUCAUUCUCAUGUGCAUGUUUGUUUACUGCUUGUACAAGUAAAACACUUUUUUUAGUACUGAUCAUCUUGUUAGACUUUCUUUCACAUGUCCUUUAAAGUUUCAAGGACAAGCUGCAUUCAGUUAAUAUUUUACAGUUUAUUUGCAGGCAUAUUGUUUGCAAACAGGCGUUCGUAAAUUUUGGUUAAUAACGGUAAUUUGUUGAAAAUGGAUACCAAAAUCAAAGUAUCCCAUCUCAACGGAGCGCCGCAGCAGAUUCCGGACGUACAAAUGCAGAACCGUACGGCGCUGAUGCUGUUUGCUAUUCUUCAGUUUGUAUUUGGAAUCGGUUUGAUUGCGCUGGAUAUUAUCACGUUCUCGAUGACGCCCCUGCAUCAUGCCAUGCUGUACAGCAUCAUCGGGUCGGGAUUCUGGGCCGGCGCCUUUUUCACCCUGAGCGGCCUCUUCGGCAUCAUCUCUAGCCGGCGCAGCACGUGCCGCAACUCCUUCCGUGAGCACCGCUGCCACCUGGGCAUCAUGGUCACCACCAGCGCCAUCGCCGUCAUCGCCUCCAUGGCCCUGACCAUCAUCACCGGCGUGGCUUUUAUCCUCAAGCUGACCGGUCUGGGCCGGUAUGCGCAGUACGAGCGCAUCGGGGUCAAUCUGAUGAUCGCUCAUUUUGCGCUGUACGUCCUCAUCUCUAUUUUCAACAUUGGGCAGAUUAUCGCCAGUCUACUGAACUUCUGCCGGUUGAAGGCCACAUCCGACAGGGUCACCGUGUAUCUAUCCUCGGAACAUCCGCCGGCGAAGGCUGCGGGGUUGCCGGCAUCGGUAUCGUAUCCGGUUUUGUCGCAUAUAGGCGGGUUGCCGGUGUCCUUUUCCUAUCCGGCGCUGGUGACGGUGACCUCGCUGGGAGAGAAGCCGGUACCCGGGGCGGUGCCGUUUGAGAAGAGCGCAAGGUUCUGGAGAGAGGAAGAUGUGCGACUGGCGUCGUUGACCCAUCCGUAGUCCCGCACACAGAAGGCUGCUUAUGUAAAUCGCCUCAUGUGCUUUCGUUGUUUUCGCAGCUAGCGUUACUCUUGUGUUGUCUUUCGUAUCGAUGCUGUAUAUUUUUGCAAAUUGCUUUACGGCUUGAACCCUGCAGUAUUUUAAUCAUCUGUGACUAUCCAUAGGGAUUGCAACCAGUGCAAUCACUUCUAAACUACAGUAUGUAUAAUAAUAUAAAAGGUAUUAUAUAUAUUUGUAAUAG